CUGUUUCUUGAUGGGAUUGUUAGAGAACACAGGAAUAAUUCAGAUUUGGUCAAGAUUCCAGUCCACUGUUUCUUUUAAAAGUAUUCAUUUAAUAAUGUCUUUUAUAUGUUAUCCAAAUAUGAACAUAAAGAUAAAAGUGAAGUUUAGUAGUCCCAACCCUUCCCUUCCUUUGUAAAGACAGUUUUAAAAUAAUUGUUCUCCCUCUAGUAUUUGCUGAAUUUGUCCUGUGAUACACGGCACAUGAGUGUAUCUCUUGAGCCUGGGACUUUGAGACCAGUCUGGGCAAGAAGUAAGCAAGCAAGAGAGGGAGUUGAGAGCAUACAUGAUUUACCAUCUCGUCCAUGACAUAGAGCACACAUGAGCUACCACCUCAUUGGCUCAGGUAAUGUAGCGCUGAGUCAUCAAGCGUACUGUGAAAGGAGCAAAGUAACUUUUCUAACUGAACAUUCUAAAAAAGUAAAGACUGUUAAUGCAUUGGAUUCCCAAGUUUGUUUUCAAGCAAUGUUUCUCAGGACAGUGUAAGUUUAAUUUUGGAAACUCAAUCUCUCCCUCCUAUUCUUGUUGACAAGCCUGACCUGGUAGUCCUACCUCAGGCCUCCCAAGUAUUGGCAUUACAGUGAGCUGUGCACUUUUCACUAAAGGCGAUACAGCUGUAGGUAGCUGUGUAGAUGGAAAGGGCAGGAGUUGGGAAAGCCACUUUCUAACUGGUACCUAAUGUGGUUGUGCUCUCCAGUACCACAGCAACUGUACAACCAGCCCAGGUCACUUGCCCACAGUCACAGGUAGUAAAACUAGUCUGACAACAGAAGAGAGGGUUUGUUAGCACAGAUAAAGUAUAAUGUCAUCAGGUGAAGACUCAUCCUCUCUGCUUAUAGAGAGAAAGAUGGCCACAGGACAGAAGUAUGUAAUUUUCUCACUUUGCUUAGAAUUCAAAUGAAAACAAAGAAACCUUAAAACUUUUUAGUCACCUUGUUUCUGUCUCGGAUAAACGGGCCCUUGAAAGCCCAUUAAGUGAAAUUGGGUUUUAGAGAGCUGUGUCUUUACCUCAUCUUUUGAUUUGAUUGAGAAGAACCAAAGUGAUCAGGGAUGAGAAAAGCUGGCAACUCAACUUGAAAGCACAGAAAAUGUGGGCAGUGGUGGCGCAUGCCUUUAAUCAGGAGGUAGAGAUGGGUGGAUCUCUGAGUUCAAGGCCAGUCUGGUCUACAGAGUGAGUUCCAGGACAGCCAGGGCUAUACACAAACUAUGUCUUAGGGGGAAAAGGGACAGGAGAGAUGGCUUACUGGUUAAGAGCACUGGCUGUUCUUCCAGAGGACCUGGGUUCAAUUCCUAGCACCCACAUGACAGCUCAUGCCUUCCUGUAACUCCAGUUCCAGGGGAUCCGACACACUCACAUAGACAAACAUGCAGGAAAACGGUAAUGCACAUAAAAUAUUAAAAAAAUAAAGCACAGAGUGUCUUCCUAAGCUACCAGCCAUGAAAUGGUCAAGUUGAAGGUGAGGUAAGGGCUGUUUAUUCUUUUUUUGUUUGUUUGUUUUUUGGUUUUUCGAGACAGGGUUUCUCUGUGUAGCUUUGGAGCCUGUCCUGGAACUCACUCUGUAGCCCAGACUGGCCUCGAACUCACAAAGAUCCGCCUGCCUCUGCCUCCUGAUUAAAGGCAGUGCUGGGAUUAAAGGUGUGUGCCACCACCGCCCAGCAGAGCUGUUUAUUUUAGCAUAAUUCAAAGAUUGAGCCAUUAAAUCACUAAGGGGUUUCUCAAACCACAUCAUGUUUUCUAGAAGUCUUUCCUCAGCCACAAGGGCUUGGUAAAUGUCUGUGGAGACAAUGGUUUUCUGUCCUCAUGAUUUUGUUUGAAAUACAGAUUUAUGUUAGGGUUUCAUGGAGAAUGAUUUCUUCAGUGCUGGAGGCAGAACUCAAGGCCUCACACACAUUAGGCAAGUCCUCUACCCUUGAACCACACGAGUGCUUUUUACUUCCUUGUUUUGUUUUUAGUGGAUUAUAGGAAAGGGAUCUAUCUGAAAUCAUGAGAUAUAUUGACAUUCUGUUUCACUUGCUGUUUCCAUUUUCUACACUGCAUGUCUCCAAGCAACUCACAUUUGCAAACACAGCUAUGGAUACACUAUUUGUCUUGACAAUAGUUACCUUGGAAUUUAGGUCUAGUUUUCUGUCUCCACUUUCCUGUUUCUUAGUCAUAUAUAAUGUAGCAGGUUGAGUUAGAGGGUUUCUAUAAGUCUGUGUUAAUGGUUUGUAGCAUCUAAUGAGAAGCUAGGAAGAAUGAGUAGCCAGGACCUGGUCACUUUGAAUGUGGGAGGGAAGAUAUUCACAACAAGGCUUUCUACCCUAAAGCAAUUCCCUACCUCUCGGUUGGCAGGCAUGUUAGAUGGCAGAGACCAAGACUUCAAGACAGUUGAUGGCCAGAUUUUUGUGGAUAGAGAUGGUGCUCUGUUUAGUUUCAUUUUAGAUUUUCUGAGAAAUCGUGAGCUUCUGUUACCCUCUGACUUUUCAGACUAUCUUAGGCUUCAGAGAGAGGCUCUUUUCUAUGAACUUGAUUCUCUUGCUGAUCUCUUAAGCCAGCACCUGCUACAGUCAAGACCUGCUGUCAUGGAGGUGCAUUUCUUAAACCGAAAUACUCAAGCCUUCUUCCGAGUGUUUGGCUCUUGCAGCAAAACCAUCGAGCUGCUCAUGAGGAGGAUUACAGUGUUUGUAGAGCAGCCUACAGCGCUGGCCUGGAGCAGUAACCCCUUCCCUCCUCAGGUGACUCUACUGGCACUGCCUCCACAAAGACCUUCUCACCAUGACCUGGUUUUCCACUGUGGCUCUGAUGGCACUAUUGAGAACCACGCUGGAGUCAGGUACAUUUCCAUAAAGCCUGAUAACCGAAAAUUGGCGAAUGGAACAAAUGUCUUCGGCUUGCUGAUUGAUACUUUAUUAAAGGAAGGCUUUCAUCUGGUCAGCACUAGAACCCCAGCCUCUGGAGACAAAAGUGAAUGCUAUGUGUUUGAAAGGAUAAAAAGCCCUCAAGUCCUGGGGAUUAAUAAAACACGAAAACCAGAAAAUACCACCAUACCAGCGCUCUCUCAGAAGUGACACUGUUAAAGAGACAGUAAAGGGAAAAUGGUGUUGUUUGGAUUUGCACACCUGGAGCAUGUAUGUCAGUCAGAUUUGUACUCAGUCUGACUUUGGAUGUUCUCUUGUACCUGCCUUCUUGCUGCUGGGCAACCAGGCCCCAGCAGUUCUUAAAGCUGCCCUGCAUGCUCUCAAAACAACACUGCACCAUUGCUUUAGCACUUGGCCCUUCAAAGCCUUUUGACAGGAAAUCUCAUAGCUUCUAAAAAAACGGGCUCUGGACUUGGAUUGUGUCUGACCCUAGUUUAGUCAUUUGUUAGCUAUGUGACUUAAGCAAGGCAUUUAACAUUUCUAUGUUUCAACUUUAUUAACUAGGAACAAAAAGGGCGGGGGUUAAAGGGAACAAAGUUCUUCUGAUGGCCUGGCGUGUGGUAGGCACUCAGUAACUGUUGAUAAUGAUAAUGAUCAUGGGUCACUUAAUUUCAAACCCAUGUCUUCUGAGACCUUGGUUUCUCCCUUGCCCUUCUGUGUAUCUGCAGUGUCAGGGAUUGAACCCUCAUGCAUGCCAAAUGUCCUCUAUGACUAACUUGUACCCCCCAGCAGCUGGCCAUUCUGCACAGACUUAUUUAUAAAACCAUGUUUCCCUCACUUAAUAUAAGUUCUUUGAAAAGUUUCUAAUGCUACUAUAUGUACAAUAUUGUGCUAAACUUAUCAAUCAUACAGUAUCUAAAUUUGGUGAAAAGUUUUGGAAUAACAUUUAAAAUACACAUAACAACUUA